AUGGGUGGCCUAACAAACGUAAUCAACAUGUGCUCCCACCUCCAAAACGCCUCCCGCGCACGCCUGGGCAUGACCUCCGUCACAAACACAAAGCAAAACCUCAACCUCGCCCUCGCCCUCCACCGCUCCGGCUUCGUCUCCUCCCUCUACCGCGGCGGCCCGACCCCGCCUGCGCCCGAAGACCUCCUCCGCGACCCGGAACCCGUCACCUCGGCCAACGUCGCCACGCGCCGCCUCUGGCUCGGCCUCAAAUACUGGAACAACGAGCCCGUCCUCCGCGGCCUGACCAUGGUCACCAAGCCCACGCGGCCCAUCAACGUCCACAUUGAGGACCUCGAGCUCGUCGUUCGCGGGUUCCCGACCAAGAAUGGCCUCGUCAAGGGGUUGGCGCUGGGGGAGUGCCUGUUUAUUUCUACGGAUAGGGGUAUCUUGGAGGCGAGGGAGGCGCUAGCGAGGAAAGUUGGCGGUAUGGUACUGUGCCGGGCGAGAUAA